AUGAUGUGCUUUAUGGUUACACGGCAACGGCGGCUUGAGGAGCGUCGUCGGGAGGAGCUCAAGAGAAAGAAAGAUGCAGAGGAGAAGACGAAUUGCUUCCGUAUUCGAAGGAACAUGGCCACCUAUGAGAUGGAGGAGGGAAGGAGGGCAAGAGUUGCUCAACAUGAGAGGGAUACGAGAGAUGCCAAGGCGGCAGAUAAGAGGAAGGAGAAGAAGCAGAGGUUGGAAGAGGAGGUGAGAAAGGAGCGGGAGAAGAUGAGAAAAGAAGAAGCGGUGAAGAGGCUGCAGGCUGAGAAAAGGAUGCUUAAGGAGAAGGAGAAGAAGAAACGCGAGGAGGAAGCCAAAAAGAGACGUGAAAAGGAUGAGAAAGAGAAGAAGAAGAGGAAAGAAGAGCUCAAGAAAAGAAGAUGGCGAAGAGAAAGUGAAGCUAAGUAUGAUUGUAAUCCAUAUUGA